UGUUACUGCGCACGUGCAGAUUGGUUCAGGAAGACUGUGUCAAAAACGCAACUUUGAAGCGUAGUGUCUGAGAAGAGAAGAAAUAAGUACAUAGUCAAAAUUACCGAAGUUGUCAACUUUUUCCAUACUCCCAUGUACAAACGUAGGCACACAAGAGUCAGACACUCCUCACAGUAGCACUGCUCUCACUGUCAGAUGCAGAAGUAUUCCGGAUGAAGCUGAGCCUACGAGUGAUGCGUUUCAGAUCAUGGAGCGGCGAUACAGCUGACUCCUGAGAGCACACACCUUGUUUUGAAGUGGAGGACCCACAGGAGACGGGGAUGCUGAGCACAGACUGCGAUGAUCCCUUCCAGGAACCUGGGGAAACGCUGUGUCUGCUGUCUCUGGAGGAUAGCUCCCUCUGUGAUGUGCGGCUGUGUGAGCCAUUUCUGCAUGGGGAUGCUUCCCUUGACUGAGGAGUUCUUUGGGAUCCCUUGUUUGUGUUUUGAUAAAAUGUUGAGGAGGAGGCACGGCGGGAGAUAGACUCCAGAUUCCUGUAGAGCCUCUCGGAGUCUAAACUAUGUUUGUUGGAAGUCUGUGACGGGCGCCUGGACUCACGACUGCAUCCUCUUUGUGAUUCAUAUCCUUCGUUCUGGAAAAAGCACUGAUGAGAAGGUGUCAGUCUGGAUGGUGAUGCAGCCCGUGAGGCAAAGGAACCCUGUCUACGAGAUGGACUGGACCUGCCGGAUGUAUGCUGAGAUGCUGCAUUACAUCGAGUCCCACUUCUAGAGAGAGAGCGCAUUCGGUUGUCUGAUCUUCUGUAUCUGUCUGGGCUCGCUGAACUGUGGCGUGUCGGAGAAUUCCUCAAUGAGUCAGCCCCCCUCCUAAAAUUGGAGUGAUAAGUGUAUCUCUGAGGCGAUUCACUUCUCCAAGAAUCUUGCAUGGGCUUCGAGUACUGCAAACGAGAGAAGGAUCCAUCCGGGUCAUAUCUUCUUGGUCCACACAGUUCCUCUCUACACUGAGGGAUCUUCUCCUCUGUUGAAUGUCCGAAUUAUUUGCGGAGCUGGACAAUGUAAGACAAAGCCAGUUGCAAAGACACAAGCGCACACACACACUCAUGCGGCCAGAAAUCGAGGGGGAUGCACAAGUGAGGCAGCAGCGGGUGGCACUCAUAGGCAUUAUGGAACAACGAGACAAAGCUCAGAGUGGAGACAUUUACAAGUUUGUGCAAGGUAAUGAACACAAGACGACGUGAAAUAUUACAGAGUGAUAAAAGAAGAGGACAGAGACCCCAACUCAGGAUGGAAAAAAACUUCUGUCUUUAAAUGAUUCACUCUCCAAGAACACCAAGAAAAUGUGUCAUGGAAGGACACUGUUAUUAACAAAUGCAAGACAGACCUGAGCUCAUAUUCCAUCCCAGUCCAGCAAAAGUACUUUCAUGGUUGGAACUGCCCGUCCCAACCUACAUUACUGCCCCUGCAGACACAGACUGAUGAUCACCAUUGUCAUGGGAGCGGUGCGAGUCAACAGAUACAGCAUUGUUUCCACAGACGAAGAUGCCCUAAAGAUCUCAGCCUUGAGCCUCCAUAACGGCCACAGCCCUCUGACGCAGCAGACCCUGACAGCGUCCUUCAUGCAGGCCGACGAAGGAGCGGGAAAAUAUCCAGCGGAUGAAGGGCGAGCGGAUUUGUCUCUGAGACCAACGGAAGACUCCACGGUCCACAACAGCUGCCGCACUUUGCCGCCAUGUCGACAUGUUGAUGUGGACCUGGGCACGGGUCGCCUCCGCAGUCGGUUUGUGAAGAAGAAUGGCCAGUGUAAUGUGGUCUUUGAUAACAUGGAGGAUAAACAACGCAGAUACCUCGCUGAUAUUUUCACCACCUGUGUGGAUAUACGCUGGCGCUACCUGCUGCUCAUCUUCACCACCACGUUUCUUUUGUCUUGGCUGUUUUUCGGUCUGGUCUUCUGGGGAGUCGCACUAGCUCAUGGAGACUUUGACCUUCACGCCCCCAUGCAGGAAGGCGAUUCUCAGAGCAAGGCAGAAGAAGACCAGGACAAAUGGCGGCCAUGUAUCCUGCACAUCCAGGGCUUUAUCGGGGCGUUCCUCUUUUCCAUAGAAACCCAAACUACCAUUGGAUACGGUUUUCGGUGUGUUACAGAAGAGUGUCCUGUUGCUGUGGUGACCGUGGUGGUACAGUCCAUCGUUGGCUGCAUUAUUGACUCUUUCAUGAUAGGUACCAUCAUGGCUAAGAUGGUUCGGCCCAAGAAGCGGGCUCAGACCUUGCUCUUCUCACAUCAUGCUGUCAUUGCAUUACGAGACGGGAAGCUGUGCCUCAUGUGGCGCUUGGGGAACAUGCGCAAGAGUCACAUCGUGGAGGCGCAUGUGCGUGCCCAGCUCAUUAAGCCCAAAGUGACUGCAGAGGGCGAGUAUCUGCCUUUGGAGCAAACAGACAUUGACGUUGGUUAUGAUGACGGUCUGGACCGACUAUUUUUAGUGUCGCCACUGGUGGUGGUCCACGAGAUCAACAAGAGCAGUCCCUUGUAUGAUCUGACCAGCAUCGACCUUCAGAAGGAAGACUUUGAGAUUGUAGUCAUCCUGGAGGGAAUGGUCGAGGCCACGGCUAUGACCACUCAGGCUCGCAGUUCCUACUUAGCCAAGGAGAUCCUAUGGGGUCACCGCUUUGAGCCGGUGGUCUUUGAGAAGGGGAGCCGCUACCACGUCGACUACUCUCGCUUCCACAAGACAUACGAAGUGCCAUCAACGCCUCAGUGCAGUGCCAGGGAACUCAGCCAGAAUGCAGGUCGUGAAGGUCCACCUUCGUCUUCUACGUCAAGUUUCUCCAGGUCGCCAUCACCAUUUGUUGCAAGCGCAGCCGGCCACCUCCUGGGCCUCCGUUCCCCGAGCGCCUUCUGUUACGAGAACGAGGUAGCAUUCUGCUGCGGUGAUGAUGAAGAGGAGGAGAAAGGAGAAGCAGGAAGUCUGCAAGAGGCAAAGUUACAAGAUGAAUUUCACUUCGGCCUCAAGGAGACAUUUGUAAAGGAGCAAAUGGUUGAGAUGCUGUGUGUGCUAGACACCGAUAAUCAGAUCAGUCUCGACAAACUGCAGCCCGGCCUACCUUUAUACAUCAGUCGAGAGUCUGGAGUCUGAAGCCCGUUACCAGAGGAGACCUGCCCUUCUAUUUGUUUUCUUUUCUGUGUCUGAGUUCAUUGAACUGACGUGGAAUUAAAGACCCAAGAAGGAACUGAGUUUUUGCUGCUGUGUCACAAACCCAUGUCUUGGCUUUAUCUAAGAACUGGUUCUGGUUUUAGGAAUUGUAAAUUCUCUUACGCACCAUUGCAACAACGACUUUUGCUUUAUCUCCAAUGACAAAUGUUCACAAACCUUUGUGAUUUAUUUGCUAUAAUUGAAUGAUGUAUGAGGAAAAUCAAGCUUUUGUUCUUGAUUGCACUUUGUAAAUAUAGCACGCUUUCAGUUCAUUGUCAUGACUAUACAUCAGAUGCAAAUACUGCACAUGUUAUAGGAACAUAUUUAAUUGUAGGGUGUUUUCACACGUAUAUAGUUUACUUUAUCCGGUCCAAAGCAUUUGAUGGGUUUCUGAAUGGGUUUCCCUUUCCUUGUUCAGUUUCUUUUCACAUGCAAAAAAAAAUCCAUGGCAACCAUCAUCGGUCACAGCAAACCACACCAUUGUAGGAAGUAUAAUAGAAAUACUAAAACUAGAGGUGAAGUUUAGAGGACAGAGGAGCAGUAUACCAGACUGUUGUAAAGCAAAGUUGUUCAAAGUUGACUAAGCUGCUAAACAUUCAUUCAUUCAUUUUCUACCGCUUUUUCUCACGAGGGUUGCAGGGGUGAGGGAGCCUAUCCCAGCUGUCUUUGGGCGAGAGGCGGGGUACACCCUGGACUGGUCGCCAGCCAAUCACAGGGCACAUAUAGACAAACAACCAUUCACACUCACAUUCAUACCUAUGGACAAUUUGGAGUGGCCAAUUAACCUAGCAUGUUUUUGGAAUGUGGGAGGAAACCGGAGUACCCGGAGAAAACCCACGCAUGCACAGGGAGAACAUGUCCUCCUAGCUGUGAGGUCUGCGCGCUAACCACUCGACCGCCGUGCCACCCAGAUGCUAAACAGGGAAAAAAUCAAAAACAAUAUAUUUGUGUAAACAUUGCUGGUUCUAUCCUUACUUUUGAAUUUACUUAUAACAUCAGAAAAAGGUUAUACAUUAUCUCAUGAAAGUGAGUACACACUACAGAUUUCACAUUUUCUCAAUCUUGUAGCUUGUAUAGUAGUCUGGUUUUACUGUCCUCUGAAAAUGAGUUAACACAUAGCCUUUAUUAUAAUAACUCACAGUGAACAUGUCCAAAAGUGUCAAUAUUUAGUGUGAACAAUAUUGUUUUCUAGCUCUGUAUAAAUCCUAUCACUGAUAGUCACUGGAAUCUUCCGUUCCUCCAUUCCUGGUGGAGCUAGUGGAUGUUUGACAUUUUAUGCUCACCACCUUCAGCUUCCUCAGCAAGGCACUGUGUGUGGGCACUUUAUGUUGGAAAACUCCCAAGGGAGGGGGAUCACAGUCUGCUUAUCACAGUGCAUGGAAUUCAUGUUUCCUCAGCGCUCCCAUGUCACAGCAGCAUUCGUGCACCUUUAGAUCAUGACACUACCACCACCAUGUGGGCUGUUGACGAGGCACAUGGUAGUCACGUUUGUUGCUAUUUAGUAUUUAGACAAUAAUGGCUGUGUGUUGAGUCUUUUUCAGAUUUCAGUGGAGAAUAUAUACUGCUAUGCAAGCGGGACAAUUUUUUCUCAGCCCCCCCUCGUGUUUUUUUUCCCCAAAAUACAAUUGAGAAUCUGUAGUAUGUUAGUUUUUAUGUGUUUAUCCAUACAAACUACUAAAUGUGUUGCUGGCAACAGAAUUAUUCAAGCAUGAAUAAACACACUUGACCUACCAACUUUGAAGAAAUUGAAGUAUCCUGCCCUUUCCCUCUUGCGCCCCAAAACACCUCAUUAGGGAGGCGCGCCACUAUUUGAGAAGCACUGCUCUAUAGUAUACAGUAAGUUUCAUUUCUAUAGUAUUGUCCCUUGAUAAGUUGGUUGCUGAAAUAUAUCUGUUAUAUAUUAUACAAUCAUAUAUUUUGUUGCAAAAUUGUCGUAUUACAGAACAAAAAUCCUGAAUCGAGACAGUUCAGUGUAAACAGGUACUGUACAGAAGAGGAAAAUGCACUUUAAUAUUAC